AUGACUUCUCAGCGUCGUGCUCUACCGUUCGAGAUGUCGAUAUCAGAUGACGAAUGCAACACUCUUGCGACACCUGUAUCGCCUUUCAACACUCGAUAUGCAAGUCCUUCCAAAAGACAACCGUCUGCCAGCGAAACAUUUCGCGGCAAUUCCAUCGCUAGCGAUAUUCUGCUCUCAUGCAGGGCGCCGACACCUAUCAGGGCCAGAUCCCCAUUUAUACGCGCUGCCCGUAGUACGCUGAGUGCUCUUCAAGCUAUUCCUCACGCCGUCAUCCCUGGAUCGUCUCGUAUAAAUAAGGACCGUAGCCGACAUUCGUCGGGUAGUGCCUCCCUCUCUUCCGACUCCGAGUCUGACCUGCUCCUCUCGCACCGUUCGUCUUCGGCCUCAUCCAGCUCCUUGUCUUCAGUUUCACCGUAUAUAGACGAGGACGAUAUUGUUGUCUUGGACAAGGCGACCUUGAAAGAGGAUGCGGAGCUGAGCAAGACCCACAUGGCUGCCGACAUUUCUGACACACUCUUUCACCCAACUCCUGCGCUUCCUUUAUCAGCGUCUACUUCUCGAUUCUUCUCUCCUGAGGCCGAGCCCCAUGCCUCCGCUGAUCACAUUCUUCGCCGUGAGGAGUCCUGCUCCACCCUUCGAACUUUUUCUGGUAGUUCGGACAUACAGCUCUCUGCUUCUCGUCCUUUACCCACCCCUCCUGAUGUCUCUACGCCCGCUGUCGGAUCACUUGGCCCUGACAGUGAUAACUAUCGUCGCGACUUUCCUCUUUCGCUUCACGCUUAUGGUUAUACCGACAAUUUCAGCUGGUCAGGGUCGGGCGCGGGCAGUGCUGCUUCUGUAUCAUCAAAAAGCCAGGACUCUUUUCUCUCUGACGAUCCUAGCCUGCCUGCUCCUGCUCCCCGAAAGCGCAGCCGGAGUAUCUCGAGGGUCGUCAAACGAGUCUGUUCGCCCGCACCACGAGACUGUCCUACUCCGAAGCCGAAGGAGCGCACCAUGAGUCCACGUAACGUUCCACUGCCCCAGUCACGAGCAACUUCUCCUGAAACUACUGCUCGCGUAUCUUCUCGUGCUGAUCCCGCUAGUGGUAGGGUUAUGGCUACUGAAGCGUCUGUGGAUCAAUGGACUGCUCUUCUCGACGGGAUACUCAAGGCCACAGGAACGACGUAUUCUUCUCCCUUGCCUAUCGACCCUGUCGCCACUCCAGUGUCUAAGAGCAAACGGAUUCACUCCCGGCCAGUUACCCCAACUUCAGCCCCUCGAUCUCGAAACGCCCCUCGCAGCCGAGCCACAACGCCCGUACAGCGCGCUAUCACACCUGCAGCGAAGGUAGUCAUGAGCUUGGAGGCUAUGAUGAAGCCGUUGAUCGCACCAGAGAGAGAUCCGACCGAGGGCAUAAAUGGAGAAAUGACGGUCACGGUCAGUACCGAGACGGAGGUGAGGAACGACCGCAAUGAAAUCCUAAAUGCAGGGAAUGCACCUACGGACGAUAAGUGGGCGCAUCUCGUCGUCGAGGAUAAGAUGUAA